AUGAGAAGUAAACCGGGAGCUGCAGAGAGGUCUCCGGAACCUUCGACAAAGGGAGGAGCCCACACCCGGCGGAGCUCCGCUGCGGGCGCCCCUCGCGGGCUCUCGAGCGUCCCCGCGGCACCAGGACGCGGGGGGAACCCUCGUCACAACUCACCGCUCCGCCCCGCCACUCUGUCCGUGCUCGGCAGCUCUUUUCGAACCCGUCCCCGCCCUAACCGGCAUCCGAAGCGAGAAACAAAGGUUCCCGCAACCCGGUCGGGAGGGGAACGUUUCCUGGGGAGACAGCAGGAAUUUCCCCCACCCCUCGGGGCCUCACUGGAGGCGAGUGCUCCUCAGGCCGCGGCUUCCAGAAGGAGCCUCGGGAUCCCGGCUCGAGCUGGGCGGGAAGGCGCGGCGGCCCGCGUCGCCCACACGCUCUCGCGCCCUCCCUGCCUGGCCGCGCCUCUGCGACCAGGUAAAGAGGGCGCUCCGGCUGCGCGGCCCCUCCAGGCCCCGAGGACCGCGCUAUCCCUCAGGGGUCGGCGGGGCUGGGGCGAGGUGGGACCCGGGAAAGUCUUCCCAGCCCCGCAGGCUCCGCAGACUGGUAGCGUAGGUGCAGGUGGAGGGCUUCGCGCCGCGCCCCCGAGUGACGCGUGGGCCACUCUGCUGCCAGCCUGUCAACCUCCGGUCGUCCUGCGUGGGUAA